AUGUCAAUUCAAGAGAGACUCGACUCCUUAGCUGAAAUAGACAAUAAUAUAAGUAUAUUGUUGAAUGAAUUCUCCAAUUGUUUUCAAUCAUAUGCUGGUCAAGAAAAGGACAAUUUCGAAGAGAAUGUCAAAUUGAUCUAUGGAACUUUAUCUAAAAUUGCAAUUGAUUUACGUAAAGAGGUUCGAUUUAUGGAUAAUAAUAUUGGACAAUUUAAUGAUGAAAAUUUAAUGAUUUUACCUAUUAUUAUGGAUCAUAAGAAUCCAAUAUUAGGUACUUUGAAAUUAAAUGAUGAGAUUCGAAAUUUGAAUGAUUUGAUUAAUGAUGAUUUGAAAGAUUUGGAAAAUGAUGAUGAGAAGGAAGUAGAGGUGAAAAAGGAAGAAGGUGAUGGUGAUGAGGCUAAGAUGAAGGAUGUUGUUGAAGUUAAACAUGAAGAUGUCGAAGUCAAAAGUGAAGAUGAUAAGAAGGAUGAUGAUGUUGUUAUGAUUGAUUAG